UGUAAUUAUAUUGGUGUAUUGCAUUCAGACUCAUGAUUCUCGAGAUUGUGUGUGUGCAUGUGCUGUGUCUCUGUUAGUGACUCUCUUGCUAGCAGUCAUGCUUGUGUUGAGUGUGAGGGACAGACAUCAUUAAAUUAAAUGUCCAUCAGUGUCAUGCUGCUAAGAUUAAUUGUGCAAACUUGGUUAGUGGAGUGGGACAGAGAUCACUGGUCACCACUCUGUCAGCAUCAUUAGCAGCUAGGGAGGAGGUCCCGAUUCACAUGCUCUGCCCUGAUUUUUUUUCUUUCUUUCUUUUCCUCUUUUUCUUUUUUUUUUUUCUUGGUUGGAGGGGUCCGUAUGUAUGAUUGCAGAUGAAACAAGAGUAUUAACAAUGCUCGGCUGAAUGCUACAGACUGGUUCUUAUACCACCCUGACUAAUAUAAUUCUGUAUUAAGCCUUUUUGAGGGGAGUCUGUGUGCAGUCAGCCAUUUUAGCUUUUUUUUUUUCCUUCUUUUCUUUUGGCUCUUGCUCUUCAAUCUCAGAAAUGAUCUUGUUCUCUCGGAAGGCUGAGAGCUGUAUAAGGUUUCCUCAGUCUUAUCCUAGCCUCAGAUGGUUAGAGUUUCAGUGUUAUAAAAAUGGAGACGAACACCGUUGUUCGGAUUCCUUUUCUGGUCUACAAGUGUGAGGGGUUUUUUAAGCUCACCAGUAGUGACACUUUAAGCUGCAGCUUGGUUUCCUCCUCCUUCUUCUUUUUUUUUUUUUUUCCUUUUUCUUUUUUCUUUUAAUUUAAUGCUGUAGAGGGUGACUUGCCAUCCAUGAGAGAUUGGUACAUGAUGUGUAAAUUCAGUUCAGCAUAUGUUUCUUCAUUAUGAAACCACUAGCAAUCCCAGCUAACCAUGGAGUUAUGGGCCAGCAGGAGAAACAUUCACUUCCUGCAGAUUUCACAAAACUACACCUUACUGAUAGUCUCCACCCACAGGUGACGCACGUUUCUUCUAGCCAUUCAGGAUGUAGUAUCACUAGUGAUUCUGGAAGCAGCAGUCUUUCUGAUAUCUACCAGGCCACAGAAAGUGAGGCUGGUGAUAUGGACCUGAGUGGGUUGCCAGAAACAGCAGUGGAUUCUGAGGAUGACGAUGAUGAAGAAGACAUUGAGAGGGCGUCAGAUCCUCUGAUGAGUAGGGACAUUGUGAGAGACUGUCUAGAGAAGGAUCCAAUUGACAGGACGGAUGAUGACAUUGAACAACUCUUAGAAUUUAUGCACCAGUUGCCUGCUUUUGCCAAUAUGACAAUGUCGGUGAGACGAGAACUCUGUGCCGUGAUGGUGUUUGCAGUGGUAGAAAGAGCUGGGACCAUAGUGUUAAACGAUGGUGAAGAGCUGGAUUCCUGGUCAGUGAUUCUGAAUGGUUCUGUGGAAGUAACUUAUCCAGAUGGAAAAGCAGAAAUAUUAUGUAUGGGAAAUAGUUUCGGUGUCUCUCCUACCAUGGACAAAGAAUACAUGAAAGGAGUAAUGAGAACGAAAGUGGAUGACUGCCAGUUUGUCUGUAUAGCCCAGCAAGAUUACUGCCGUAUCCUCAACCAAGUAGAAAAGAACAUGCAAAAAGUUGAGGAGGAAGGAGAAAUUGUUAUGGUAAAAGAACACCGAGAACUCGAUAGAACCGGAACAAGAAAGGGGCACAUUGUCAUCAAGGGCACCUCAGAGAGAUUAACAAUGCAUUUAGUGGAAGAGCAUUCGGUGGUGGACCCAACAUUCAUAGAGGACUUCCUGUUGACCUAUAGGACUUUUCUUUCUAGCCCAAUGGAAGUGGGCAAAAAGUUAUUGGAGUGGUUUAAUGACCCGAGCCUCAGGGAUAAGGUUACACGGGUAGUAUUAUUGUGGGUGAAUAAUCACUUCAAUGACUUUGAAGGAGAUCCUGCAAUGACUCGAUUUCUAGAAGAAUUUGAAAAUAACCUGGAAAGAGAGAAAAUGGGUGGACAUCUAAGGCUGUUAAAUAUUGCAUGUGCGGCUAAAGCAAAAAGAAGAUUGAUGACAUUAACAAAACCAUCCCGAGAAGCUCCUUUGCCUUUUAUCUUACUUGGCGGCUCAGAGAAGGGAUUUGGAAUCUUUGUUGACAGUGUAGAUUCAGGUAGUAAAGCAACUGAAGCAGGCUUGAAACGAGGGGAUCAGAUAUUAGAAGUAAAUGGUCAAAACUUUGAAAAUAUUCAGCUGUCAAAAGCCAUGGAAAUUCUUCGAAAUAACACACACUUAUCGAUCACUGUGAAAACCAAUUUAUUUGUAUUUAAAGAACUUCUAACAAGAUUGUCAGAAGAGAAAAGAAAUGGUGCCCCUCACCUUCCUAAAAUUGGAGACAUCAAAAAGGCCAGUCGCUACUCCAUUCCAGAUCUCGCUGUAGAUGUAGAACAGGUGAUAGGACUUGAAAAAGUAAAUAAAAAAAGUAAAGCCAAUACUGUUGGAGGGAGGAACAAGCUAAAAAAGAUACUUGACAAGACUCGGAUCAGUAUCUUACCACAGAAACCAUAUAAUGAUAUUGGGAUUGGUCAGUCUCAGGACGACAGCAUAGUGGGGUUAAGGCAGACGAAGCACAUCCCCACUGCACUGCCCGUCAGCGGAACCUUGUCAUCCAGCAAUCCUGACUUGUUGCAGUCACAUCACCGCAUUUUAGACUUCAGUACGACUCCGGACUUGCCAGAUCAAGUGUUAAGGGUUUUUAAGGCUGACCAGCAAAGCCGAUACAUCAUGAUCAGUAAGGACACCACAGCGAAGGAAGUCGUCAUUCAGGCCAUCAGGGAGUUUGCUGUGACUGCCACUCCAGAUCAAUAUUCACUGUGCGAGGUCUCCGUCACACCUGAGGGUGUAAUCAAACAAAGACGACUUCCAGAUCAGCUUUCCAAACUUGCUGAUAGAAUACAACUGAGUGGAAGGUAUUACUUGAAAAACAACAUGGAGACGGAAACUCUUUGUUCAGAUGAAGAUGCUCAGGAGCUGUUGAGGGAGAGUCAAAUCUCCCUCCUGCAGCUUAGUACUGUUGAAGUUGCCACACAGCUCUCCAUGCGGAAUUUUGAACUUUUCCGUAACAUUGAACCUACUGAAUAUAUAGAUGAUUUAUUUAAACUCAAAUCCAAAACCAGCUGUGCCAACCUGAAGAAAUUUGAAGAAGUAAUUAACCAAGAAACAUUUUGGGUAGCAUCUGAAAUUCUGAGAGAGACAAACCAGCUGAAGAGGAUGAAGAUCAUUAAGCAUUUCAUCAAGAUAGCACUACACUGCAGGGAAUGCAAGAAUUUUAACUCAAUGUUUGCAAUCAUCAGUGGUCUAAACUUGGCACCAGUGGCAAGACUACGAACCACCUGGGAAAAACUUCCCAAUAAAUAUGAAAAGCUGUUUCAAGAUCUCCAAGACCUGUUUGAUCCCUCCAGAAACAUGGCAAAAUAUCGCAAUGUCCUCAACAGUCAAAACCUGCAGCCUCCCAUAAUCCCCCUGUUCCCCGUUAUCAAGAAGGAUCUCACGUUCCUUCAUGAAGGAAAUGACUCAAAAGUCGAUGGGCUAGUCAAUUUUGAGAAGCUCAGGAUGAUUGCAAAAGAAAUUCGUCAUGUCGGCCGUAUGGCUUCCGUUAACAUGGACCCUGCCCUCAUGUUCAGGACUCGGAAGAAGAAAUGGAGGAGUUUGGGGUCUCUCAGCCAGGGUAGUACAAACGCAACAGUGCUAGACGUUGCUCAGACAGGUGGUCAUAAAAAGCGGGUACGUCGUAGUUCCUUCCUCAAUGCCAAAAAGCUCUAUGAAGAUGCCCAAAUGGCUCGAAAAGUAAAGCAGUACCUGUCCAAUUUGGAGCUAGAAAUGGAUGAGGAGAGUCUUCAGACAUUAUCACUGCAGUGUGAGCCAGCAACCAACACAUUGCCUAAGAAUCCUGGUGACAAAAAGCCUGUCAAAUCUGAGACCUCCCCAGUGGCUCCAAGGGCAGGGUCGCAGCAGAAAGCACAAGUCCAAGCACAGCCCCAGCAGCCACAGGCCCAGCAUAAAAUCAACCAAGGACUGCAGGUUCCUGCUGUGUCCCUUUAUCCUUCACGAAAGAAAGUACCUGUAAAGGAUCUUCCACCUUUUGGCAUAAACUCUCCACAAGCUUUAAAGAAAAUUCUUUCUUUGUCUGAAGAAGGAAGUCUGGAGCGUCAUAAAAAACAAGCAGAAGAUACUAUAUCAAAUGCGUCUUCACAGCUUUCUUCUCCUCCCACUUCUCCACAAAGUUCUCCAAGGAAAGGUGGCAGUGGCAAUCAGCUGAGAUCUUUUGGCUCCGGGCAGCUGGACUUAACCAGUUCCUCCUCUUCUCUUGGAAGUGAGAACAGUAACAAGAAUAACAAUGCACCACGGACCUAUGGGAUAGGCUACACGUUGGCUCCCAGCGGUACUGUGGAUAAUUUUUCAGAUUCUGGUCACAGUGAAAUUUCUUCCCGAUCCAGUAUUGUCAGCAACUCUUCCUUUGACUCCAUGCACGAUGAGCGGCGCCAGAGGCAUUCUGUCAGCAUCGUGGAAACAAACCUCGGUGUGGGCAGGAUGGAAAGGCGGACGCUGAUCGAACCAGAUCAGUACAGCUUAGGGUCCUAUGCACCAAUGUCCGAGAACCGAGGCUUAUAUGCUACAGCUACAGUAAUUUCUUCUCCAAGCACAGAGGAACUUUCCCAAGACCAAGGGGACCGUGCUUCACUUGAUGCUGCCGACAGCGGCCGUGGGAGCUGGACGUCGUGCUCCAGCGGCUCACAUGAUAACAUACAGACCAUCCAGCACCAGAGAAGCUGGGAGACACUUCCAUUCGGGCACACUCACUUUGAUUAUUCAGGGGAUCCUGCAGGGUUAUGGGCCUCAAGCAGCCAUAUGGACCAAAUUAUGUUUUCCGAUCAUAGCACAAAGUACAACAGGCAAAGUCAAAGUAGAGAGAGUCUUGAACAAGCCCAAUCCCGGGCAAGCUGGGCAUCUUCCACAGGAUACUGGGGAGAAGACUCAGAAGGUGACACAGGCACGAUCAAGCGAAGGGGCGGGAAAGAUGUUUCCAUUGAGGCUGAAAGCAGCAGCAUGACCUCUGUGACCACAGAAGAAACCAAACCUGUUCCCAUGCCGGCCCACAUUGCUGUGACAUCGAGUACCGCAAAGGGACUCAUUGUGCGGAAGGAGGGCAGGUAUCGAGAGCCCCCACCCACCCCUCCCGGCUACAUUGGAAUCCCCAUCACUGACUUUCCAGAAGGCCAUUCCCAUCCAGCCAGGAAACCUCCAGACUACAACGUGGCACUUCAGAGAUCUCGGAUGGUUGCCCGACCCACGGACACAGCCGGACCUUCGCCGGUCCCACAGGCACAUGGGCACCCGGCCGGUGGCAGGCCCGUGAGCAAACCGCAGUGGCAUAAACCCAACGAGUGUGACCCACGCCUCGCCCCGUAUCAGUCUCCAGGGUUUUCCACCGAGGAGGAUGAAGAUGAACAAGUAUCUGCUGUUUGAGGCACAGGCUUUUUCUGGAUCCAGAGUUAGCCACCUUUAAAAGGAGAGCACAAGAAGACGUCCCUAGCAGCGGAGCCUUGGAACUCACAUUCUGAGGCCAGUGGACCAGUUUGCCUCCUUCCCUGCCUUAAAAGCAGCAUGGGGCUUCUUCUCCCCUUCUUCCUUUCCCCUUUGCAUGUGAAAUACUGUGAAGAAAUUGCCCUGGCACUUUUCAGACUUUGUUGCUUGAAAUGCACAGUGCAGCAAUCUUCGAGCUCCCACUGUUGCUGCCUGCCACAUCACACAGUAUCAUUCCCAAUUCCAAGAUCAUCACAACAAGAUGAUUCACUCUGGCUGUACUUCUCAAUGCCUGGAAGGAUUUUUUUAAAACUUCCUUUUAGAUUUCAAUCCAGUCCUAGCACUUGGUCUCAUUGGGAUAAUGAGAAAAGCUAGCCAUUGAACUACUUGGGGCCUUUAACCCAUUAAGGAAGACAAAGAAAAACAAUGAAAUCCUUUGAGUACAGUGCUUUGUCCACUUGUUUACAAUGUCCUUUUUUUUUUUUUUUUUUUUAAAGAAAUGGAUUUAAAGAUUGUGUUCAGAGAGUAAAUGUUAUAUCCAUUUAGUGAUUACAGUAUUAUUUUGAACCUUUGAGGAGGGUUGCCAGCCUGGGUUUCUGAAAAACCAAAUAUGCCGGACAGGGUGUGGUCCCAGCAAGAAGAGGGAAGACCUGGCUUGCGACCCUGUCUUCCUGUGUCCUUCUGGCCUCACCCAUGAAGUGCCCUAUCCUGGAAGUAUAAGAUGUUAGCCAAUUACUUAGAUACCAAGACACCUCAUCCACUCCUUCCCCAGUGGGUGGGGUUCUUCUGUAAAACUGUUUGCACAUGGCCAGGGGAGGGAAAUGGGACUCUUGUGUCCUGUGUCUGAGCCUUAUGGAGUGCAGGACAGUGUAUGUGAGGGCGUGUCCUGCUCCAUUGAGAUGGAUGGCAAACCCCGUUGUUUUAAGUUAUGUUUCUUUGAUUUCUGUUAAAUUAGUUCUAGGGAUUUUGUUGUUGUUCGUUUUUAAAGAGAAACGUUCAUAACUGGAUAGCAUUGCAGUGAAAGCAGCUUGGGAUAUUGGAGCUGAUGCCAGCUGUUCAUACUGCUCUUUCAAGACAGCCUCCCUUCAAUGAAUUGGCAUUAGGGAACAAACAAGCCUUUACCAUGACAAAAGAACAAAAGAUCAACAACCUGAUGAGAUAUGCCAGCCUUUGCAAGGCCGGUUAGUCACCAAGGACUAACCUAUAAGUGGCUUUAUGGACGCAGAUAGAGAAGGCCUACGUGUAGCAACCACCUGCUCACAGCUGCUAUUAACCCUAUAAUGACUGAAAUGACCCCUCCACUCUAUUUUUGUGUUGUUUUUGCACAGACUCCGGAAAAGUGAAGGCUGCCAAUCCGAGUAGUACUCAAAUGUGAGGAACUGCUGGUCUUGGAUUUUUUUUCCAUUAAAUUCAGCUGAUCAUAUUGAUCAGUAGAUAAACGUAAAUAGCUUCAAAUUUUAAAAAGUCAAAUUGCAGUGUUUUUUCACUGUAUCAACUGAUGUCAGUGCUUUAUUUAAUAAAUCUCUUCUGUAUCAUGGCAUUUGUCUACUUGCUUAUAUAUUACAUUGUCAAUUAUGCAUUUGUAAUUUUACAUGUAAUAUGCAUCAUUUGCCAGUUUUCUUAUAUAGGCUAUGGACCUCAUGUGCAGAUAGAAAGAAAUCUAGCUCUACCACAAGUUGCACAAAUGUUAUCUAAGCAUUAAGUAAUUGUAGAACAUAGGACUGCUAAUCUCCGUUCGCUCUGUGAUGUCAAGUGCAGAAUGUACAAUUAACUGGUGAUUUCCUCAUACUUUUGAUACUACUUGUACCUGUAUGUCUUUUAGAAAGACAUUGGUGGAGUCUGUAUCCCUUUUGUAUUUUUAAUACAAUAAUUGUACAUAUUGGUUAUAUUUUUGUUGAAGAUGGUAGAAAUGUACUAUGUUUAUGCUUCUACAUCCAGUUUGUACAAGCUGGAAAAUAAAUAAAUAUAACAUAAAGCCUUGUCUACAUCCUUAAA